CCCUCCCUGGGGUAACUUUUGGUGGCGGGAAAAGUUCGGAAGUUUUCGCGCCGGGGCGGUGUCAUCUUAGGAGGUAGUUCUGAGUCGGCAAGCAUGGCGGGGACAGUAGUACUAGACGAUGUGGAGCUGCGGGAAGCGCAGAGAGACUACCUGGACUUCUUGGAUGACGAGGAAGACCAGGGAAUUUAUCAGAACAAAGUUCGGGACCUAAUCAGUGACAACCAAUACCGAUUGAUUGUUAAUGUGAAUGACCUGCGCAGGAAAAAUGAGAAGAGGGCUAAUCGCCUCCUGAGCAAUGCCUUUGAGGAACUGGUUGCCUUCCAGCGGGCUUUAAAGGAUUUUGUGGCCUCCAUUGAUGCUACCUAUGCCAAACAGUAUGAGGAGUUCUACAUAGGAUUGGAGGGCAGCUUUGGCUCCAAGCAUGUCUCUCCACGGACUCUGACUUCCUGCUUUCUCAGCUGUGUGGUCUGUGUGGAGGGCAUUGUCACUAAGUGCUCUCUAGUUCGUCCCAAAGUUGUCCGCAGUGUCCACUACUGUCCUGCUACUAAGAAGACCAUAGAGCGACGUUAUUCUGAUCUUACUACCCUGGUGGCCUUUCCUUCCAGCUCUGUCUAUCCCACCAAGGAUGAGGAAAACAAUCCUCUUGAGACAGAAUAUGGCCUUUCCAUCUACAAGGACCACCAGACCAUCACCAUCCAGGAGAUGCCAGAGAAGGCCCCAGCUGGCCAGCUUCCCCGCUCUGUGGACGUCAUUCUGGAUGAUGACUUGGUGGAUAAAGUAAAGCCUGGUGAUCGAGUCCAGGUGGUGGGAACUUACCGUUGCCUUCCUGGAAAGAAGGGAGGCUACACCUCGGGGACAUUCAGGACUGUCCUGAUUGCCUGUAAUGUGAAGCAAAUGAGCAAGGACAUUCAACCUUCAUUUUCUGCCGAGGAUAUAGCCAAGAUCAAGAAGUUCAGCAAAACGCGUUCUAAGGAUAUCUUCGACCAGCUGGCCAGGUCGUUGGCCCCUAGUAUCCAUGGGCAUGACUAUGUCAAGAAGGCAAUCCUCUGCUUGCUCUUGGGAGGGGUAGAACGAGACCUGGAAAACGGCAGCCACAUCCGUGGGGACAUCAAUAUUCUUCUAAUAGGGGACCCGUCGGUUGCUAAGUCUCAGCUUCUACGGUACGUGCUUUGCACUGCACCUCGGGCUAUCCCCACCACGGGCCGGGGCUCCUCUGGAGUGGGUCUGACGGCUGCUGUCACCACAGACCAGGAAACAGGUGAACGCCGUCUGGAAGCGGGGGCCAUGGUCCUGGCUGACCGAGGCAUAGUUUGUAUUGAUGAAUUUGACAAGAUGUCUGACAUGGACCGCACGGCCAUCCAUGAAGUGAUGGAGCAGGGUCGAGUCACCAUUGCCAAGGCUGGCAUCCAUGCUCGACUGAAUGCCCGCUGCAGUGUUUUGGCAGCAGCCAACCCCGUCUACGGCAGGUAUGAUCAGUACAAAACCCCUAUGGAGAACAUUGGGCUGCAGGAUUCACUGCUAUCCCGAUUUGAUUUACUCUUCAUCAUGCUGGAUCAGAUGGACCCUGAGCAGGACCGGGAGAUAUCGGAUCAUGUCCUUAGGAUGCACCGUUAUAGGACACCAGGGGAGCAGGAUGGCGAUGCUAUGCCUUUGGGCAGUGCUGUGGAUAUCCUGGCCACAGAUGAUCCUAACUUUAACCAGGAAGACCAGCAGGACACCCAGAUUUAUGAGAAGCAUGACAACCUUUUGCAUGGGAACAAGAAGAAAAAGGAGAAGAUGGUGAGUGCAGCUUUCAUGAAGAAGUACAUCCAUGUGGCCAAAAUCAUCAAGCCCAUCCUGACACAGGAGUCAGCUGCCUACAUCGCAGAAGAAUACUCACGCCUGCGUAGCCAAGACAGCAUGAGCUCAGAUACUGCCAGGACAUCUCCAGUUACUGCCCGGACACUGGAAACUCUGAUUCGCUUGGCCACGGCCCAUGCCAAGGCCCGCAUGAGCAAGACUGUGGACCUGCAGGAUGCGGAGGAAGCUGUGGAGUUGGUCCAGUAUGCUUACUUCAAGAAAGUUCUGGAGAAGGAGAAGAAACGUAAGAAGCAAUAUGAGGAUGAAUCAGAGACAGAAGAUGAAGAGGAGAAAAGCCAGGAGGACCAAGAACAGAAGAGGAAGAGGAGGAAGACUCAUCACUCAGAUGCCAAGGAUGGGGACUCAUAUGACCCCUAUGACUUCAGUGACACAGAGGAGGAAAUGCCUCAAGUGCACACUCCGAAGACAGCAGACUCACAGGAGACCAAGGAAUCCCAGAAGGUGGAGUUGAGCGAAUCCAGGUUAAAGGCAUUCAAGGUGGCCCUCUUGGAGGUGUUCCAGGAAGCUCAUGCACAGUCAGUGGGCAUGAAUCGCCUCACAGAAUCCAUCAACCAGGACAAAGAAGAGCCCUUCUCUUCAGCGGAGAUUCAGGCAGCGCUGAGCAAGAUGCAGGACGACAACCAGGUCAUGGUGUCUGAGGGCAUCGUCUUCCUCAUCUGAGGAGGCCUCAUCUCUGUACUUUGGGGCUCUGCCAAGAAAAUAUCUCCCAGUUCUCCCUCCCUCUUAUCCUGGUGUUUACCUUUAUUCCAUGAAUAACAGUGUUUAAUUGAACUGAAGUUGAGGGACAUGUGAUGAAGCUGAAUCAGGACUCAGUGGAAGCUUUGGGAAUGAAAGCUGCCAUGAGAUAAAGUGAGAAGAAAGUGGAGAAGGACUAAGACUCUUGCCUCUUCAUUGCAAAAGACUGGAUCAUACUCCCUACCCCACAAAAAAACCAAACCUUUGUUUGCUGUAAAUAGCAUAUGACUGAGUAUUUUGAGGGUGGAGGGGCGGCACAGCUGGUUUUUGUUCAUCCUUUCUGUGUUUGUUGGCUUUUAUUUCCUCUCGAGCACUUAGGUCUAGAACAGGCUUUCAGUCGUUUUAUGCUGGUGGAGAGAAGCUCGGAGGCCAGUCAUGAAGGUCAGGAAAGCUUUUCUUUGCAAUUGCACCAGUUAAGACUAAUCCGUAAUUUUGACCUAAGUAUCAAAGACAUUGAAUAAAGUUACAUUUAUACUGUG